AUGGCGGCAUGGUUCAACUCAACCAUGCCAAUUUUGGGAGUUCCUUCUUCUUUUCUUCCUAAACCCAUUUCACUUCCUCUUCCUUCUUCUUUCAGGAAUAAUGGAGAUGUCAAUAAUAGCUUACAUGAACAAAGGUUAGAGGGUGGUAAAAAUGAGGACAUGUCCAAGUCAUUAUCUGAUGAUGAAAUGAAUGUGAAGCAAGAUAACAUUUGGCAAUUGUUCAGAGAAGCUCAGCAGAAUAUACUAUACCUAAACAAUCAACGCCUUGGUGCCAUUGAGGAACUUAACAAAACAAAGAAAGAAAAACAGUUCCUAUUCGAUAAGAUAAAGAAAUUAGAAGCCGGAAGGAAGGAGGGUACAGAUAAGCUAUCAACUUGUUCCGAAUUGCUGCUUCGAAUAGACACAAUGGUCCUUGGCAGCGUGAUUAGUCCUGCUGAGGCAUCUGACUUUAGAAGUUUGGUGUUAAACCACAAAGGGAGUGUGGCUGAUGUCUUUAACCUCGUCUCACAUAAAAGAGAUUCUGAGCUUCUCAGAGAACUUCGUCACUUUUCAGAUCAAAGCAAAACGAGGGGUUUUCAUAUUAUUCAUAUUUGCACCGAAAUGACACCAUUGGUCCCUAGAGGGUCUGUAGCAUCAUAUGUAACCGGCAUAUCUCGUGCACUUCAAAGAAAAGGCCACCUGGUGGAGGUUAUAUUGCCCAAGUAUGCAUGUUUAGACCUUGAUGACGUGCAAGGGUUGCGUGAAGUUAAAGCGGAGGCUUACUCAUAUUUUAAUGGUCAAUUACAUGGAAAUAAAAUUUGGACUGGUGUUGUUUAUGGCAUUGGUGUCACUUUGAUCGAGCCAUUGCACUAUUCAUCAUUUUUCAACCGUGAUAUGAUAUAUGAUUACCCGGAUGAUUUCGAAAGGUUCUCUUACUUCUGUCGCGCCUCACUGGACUAUAUUGUAAAAUGUGGGAAGCAGCCCGAUGUACUGCAUCUACAUAACUGGGAGACUGCCAUUGUUGGGCCCCUUUUCUGGGAUAUAUUUUUUAACAAGGGACUUGGAGGAACCAGAAUAUUACUGACAUGCCACGACUUCAAUUCACAGGGUAUCGAGCAACCAAAUAAAUUGGCCUUAUGUGGACUUGAUCCUUCAAGUCUUCAUCGUCAUGAUCGUCUGCAAGACAACACUAACACACAAUUUGUCAACAUUUUAAAGGGAGGAGUUGUCUAUUCAAACAGAGUUGUAAUAAUGUCAUCUAUCCAUCCAAAGCACACAAUUGUCCGUAAUUUGAGUCAUGAACUGGAACCUACUUUAAAUGUUCAUGGGGACAAGUUGGUCGUUGCUCCAUACGGAUUUGAGAAAUCAACUUGGGAUCCUUCGACGGACUAUUUUCUUCCCGAAAAUUUCAAUGCUGAAAAUCUGAACGGAAAAGCUGUUUGCAAAGUUGCAUUGCUGCAGCAGUUGAGGUUAUCUGAACAUCCUUCUACUAUUCUUGUUGGAUGCAAUUUUUCAGAAGGAGCGGAUAUUGAUGUGAAAAAGAUGAAGGAUAUCGUCUUGAAUGGCAAGCAAAAUGACGUCCAGUUUAUAUUAAUGAACACAAGUGAGAGACCGGUCUUGAAUCAGGCACUAGAAUCUCUUUGGAAGGAACUCAAGGAUGAUGAUAAUAUUAAAUUCGUGGGUGAAUAUGAUGAAUCUCUAUCGCAUUUAUUAUUCGCAGGAUCUGACAUUAUGUUGUGUCGAUCAUUUCUUGAUCCUACUGAUGAAACCCCACUAAAAGCUUUAAGGUAUGGAGCAUCUCCAAUAGCUGUUGGCCAGGAUGCUCCCAAAAACAGGGUGAUACUUUUUGAGAGGAACCUCAUGAAUCAUGACCAAGAGGCAACCAAGUACUCAAAGAUAAUCAACAAUACCUUUGGAAACAUGUCACUUGGUCUUGCCAUAGAUGAAAUUAGGAGUAACCCAUCCAAGUGGAAACGAAGAAUAAUGGAAGCAAUGUCCCAUGAUUUAUCAUGGGAUGGUGAAUGCUACGAAGUUCAUUUGGCAGCUUACUCAGCUAUAAAGAAUAUGUGA